AUGUCGUUUACAGGAACAUUGGAUAAAUGCAAGGCCUGUGACAAAACCGUCUACGUGAUGGAUUUGCUCAAUUUAGAGGGCAACACUUAUCACAAAUCAUGCUUCAGAUGCACCCAUUGCAAGGGCACUCUCGUGAUAAGCAAUUACUCAUCAAUGGAUGGGGUUCUUUACUGCAAGCCUCACUUCGAACAGCUUUUCAAAGAAUCUGGGAAUUACAGCAAGAAUUUUCAGACAGGAAAGAGCGAGAAGGCGAAUGAACAUCUGACUCGAGCUCCAAGCAAAUUAUCUUCAUUCUUCAGUGGAACACAAGACAAGUGUGCGACUUGUAAGAAAACCGUUUACCCACUUGAGAAGGUAACAAUGGAGGGAGAAAACUACCACAAAACUUGCUUCAGGUGCACACACAGUGGAUGUCCUUUGACUCACUCUUCUUACGCUUCACUUAACGGCGUCCUCUACUGUAAAGUCCAUUUCAACCAGCUCUUUCUCGAGAAAGGAAGUUACAAUAACGUCCAUCAAGCCGCUGCCAAACACCGUCGCUCCGCCUCUUCUGGUGGCCCUUCUCCGCCUGCUGAAGAUCAGAAACCUAAUGAGGACGCCUCGAUCCCCGAGGGAGAAGGAGGAGGAGAAGCAGAAGCAGCCCCUGAAACUGCAGGAGAAGAGUCUGAGCCUGUGGCUGAGUCUUGA